CCUCCCCUCCUUUUCUCUGAACCAGAAACCCGACAUAGCAACCGCACAACAAGACCACGGACAUUCCAUAUAAUCUGCUGAGGAUACUCAUAUCACAUGCCUCGUCUCGAUAGGUCUUCGUAGUACGUGCUCUUUUGUAGACCAGGCAACAUGCCCGACGCGGUAAAAGCGGCGCAUUAUAUCCAACAGCUCGACGAUGCUCGUUGCGAAGAGAACUGGGAUGCUGUCCCCGAGCUGGUCCGCAAGGUGCGGAAGCAUGCGCCUGACCGGAUAUGUCUCACCUUGACGGCCGAAAUCGAGCUGGCCAUCACCAGAGCUUGCCAGAAGGCCGCGCCGCAGGACACCGAUCGGCCAAGUACUGCAGGAGGGCCUGCCGUGGGCAUCGAGGUGGCAAGCCACAUACCGAACCUCAUCACGGCCAUCGAGAACGAAACUCAGCAUCCCGAAGAAAGUUUCCAGGCCAAGGUCUGCCUAGGGUGGCUACAUUGGGUCAUGAAGGACUACCCCAUCGCCUUGGUUCGACUCCCCAAGAACUUUGAUCUCGAGUAUCCGCAAUGCGACAACCUGGACACCCUCUCUGAAUGGACCAAGGUCUGCGCCUUAAAGUCGACCUAUCUUAGAGCGAACUGCCUGGCUCGUGAUGGGCAGCGAGAUAUGGCCAUGGCCGCAUUUGAAGCAGCUCUGCCGUCCCUCAGCAGCGUUUGGACCACCAAAACGGCCCGCCAUCAGCUACGAUACUGGGCCGAACUCUUCCUAACCGAAUACUGCAUGCUGGCAAGCCAAGCGAUUCGCGAGAAUGACGAGCUCCUUUCCGACCCCAACUGUCUUGCCAGCUUUCGAACGUGGUCCAAGUACUGGGCGAGCGCCAAGGGGCAACCGUUGGCUGGAGGUUAUGGGUUUCGGGGCUCUGUGCCUAGGCGGCAGGUGUGGUCCGAAUACUACCACGUGCUCUCCGAGCUCCUACAACGGGACCUCCCGUUUCCGACGGGCUACUCUGAGCCCAGCAAUGACUCGUCCGCUAGGAGCCAGUUGCGCGCUGAACUGAAGAAGGUGGAGAUCAUUUUCCAAGGGCUGCUAUAUACCGAGACCAAGUUCCCCAGGGCCGAUGAGCAGAGAACAGAGGUCGAGCAGUUUGUCGAUCGUGUUAUGCAGAAUUGGAUCAUUUUGAACGGUCACGGAUGGAAAGAGCAGGAUCUCGAGGAGAAUUUGAACGCCGCAAAGGACGGGCACUUGGUUCUCACGGCUGCAGAAUUGCUGCCCCCUCGCGCCUUGGCCCUGACAUACCAGGCGGCUGGCCUCGCCAACGCGCAAUGGGCGCGGAUGACGUACGACUCAGAGUCUCGGACACACUUCCAGCAGAAGGCUGUUCACUGCUUAUCCAAGUCCCUAUCGCCUGAGCUCGGCUUGGGCGUGGAUGUAAGGGGCGUUUUCGCUCUUGGCACUCUUCUGGCUGAGCAGCGGAACCUUCAUUACGCUAUUAAUCUGGUCAAGACGGCGCUCUUGGAAGAUGUUGACAUUGAUGAGAGCCAGGAGCUGUACAGAGGACCCUGCUGGCGAGAGCGGUCGCUAAUCCCUCUUUGGCAUCUGCUGGCGCUGAUGCUUAGUGCACAAGAAGAUUAUGUUAUGGCUGCUCGAGCCUGUGAAGGAGCUAUGGAACAGUUCAAGGAUCCAUUUAUUCUUUUUGGAACCAGGAGCUUGAAUGGCGCUUACCAGAGUGAACAUCUCAAUGAGGCUGGCGUUGAGGAUGGUGGCUAUACUAGCCAGGGUAUUGUCGAUGAGAUGGAUGACUUUGAGAAAGAAAGCCUCCUUGAGAUCAAGAUGACUCAAUUGGCUAUUCUGGAGCUGGUUGAAGGACCAACAGUUGCCGUCAAUGCCAGCUCGGAACUACUCACCCUGUUCACGAGAUUGUUUGGUGAUCUAGACCAAAAGGUGGAGCUAACAAAGCCAGAACUCCCCAGGACCGCGACCACCGCAGUGGCCAAGGAGCAAACUCGAAACAGAAGAGCAAGUGUAUUCGGUAGUCGGUCAGUUCGAUCAGGCCGUGGGAUGAGACAGAGCAUUUUCGGCAGUCACGAUAAGAACCUGACUGGUAUCCCGCCUGUACCCCAGGCUCCCGGAGCGCCAGCGAUCCAAGUCACAAACAAUGAGAACGCGCAAUCAAAACGGAAAUCACACAGCCUCAGCAGGAGUGCAUCUGGUAGGAGGCACAGCUUGCGUAGGAAAUCUCGCAGUGGAAGUCAAGGAGCCAUAGAAGCACCUCCGCCGAUGCCUGUUAACGGGAGCCUGGCGGAUUACGCGGGCAAGGAUGGUGCGGCGGCUGCUCCGCCCCCUGAAGAGCCGUCUAUAGAUGGGGUACAACGUACCAACUCGUUUGAUUCGAACGAGGAAUACAAUGACGGAGAGGCUUCGGUUCUCGCCCAGGUUUACGGCUCGUUGCUACCGGUGAUUCACUUUUCGCAAGAGCAUAGCAAGAGGAAACGGAAGGCCAUUCUCAUCAAGGUCUGGCUAACCAUCGCCGGGUUCUAUCGGAGGGCUGGCCUCGUCGCCGAUGCGCAACAAGCGUGCACUGAGGCACAGAACAUUGUUGAGGCAUUGGAGGCCGAGAUCCUGAAUGAUACAACUGGAGAUGUUUCUCUCCGGGAGGCCGGAUGGGGCGAGACCAAGAGCACCGAAGAGCUUUAUGCGGAUGUAUGGGCAGAGAAGGGAUAUCUGUCGGUUGCAUGCGGGAAGCCUUAUGAGGCGCGAGCGGAUUUCGAGACCGCGUUAAUGCACUUCCCUGACCACGCUGCCGCCAUCGUUGGUCUUUCUGAUAUACUUUUGGAUAUUUACUCGGAGAAGCUCCUUCCGCCACCUGUUGUGCCAAAUUUCAACCUGGAAGACAGCAUACUGAGCGAUAACUCCACACCGCUACAAGCAACCACCAAGUCCCCUGAACUGCGUUUACAGCCUCUUGGUCUCAGUACAGCCAAGAUGGAGAGCAAGCUAGACAAGGGGCAGGAUAACCUGGAAAACGGUAUGGCUGCACUCAAACUGAAGGGUGCUUCAUCACCAAACAAGUGCCCCGAACUCCCACCGCCGCAUAAGGCGACCUCACUGCCACUGCACGACCGGCUUACGGCGAGGGAUCGCGCAUACGGAUUGCUGUCGGGGUUGACCAAGUUAGGCACCGGAUGGAACAACUCGGAGGCUUGGUUCACUCUGGCCAGGGCUUAUCAGGAAAGUGGUCAAGUGGAUAAAGCCAAGGGUGCGCUUUGGUGGUGCGUCGAGUUGGAGGAUGGAAGGGGGGCCAGGGAGUGGACUUGUGUUGAUGCUGGCGGCAAGGGGCAUUUGAUUGGGGUUGUUAUUUUGAACAUUUUGAUCACGUCGGACGUUGCUUAUCAUCUACAGACGACGAGAUAUCACUACGAGACGAAAAACAUGUCUGCCAUCCUCCCAUCCAUCGAGCUCACACUCGUCCUCGCCGCCACGCGCGACAUGGGCAUUGGUCUCAACGGUGGCCUUCCAUGGACUGGUCUCAAGAAAGAGAUGGCCUACUUUGCUCGCGUAACUAAGAGGUUGCCGAGUCAGCUCGCCGGUACCAAAGCCCUCAACGCCGUCAUAAUGGGCCGGAAAACAUGGGAGUCCAUUCCGCCCAAGUUCCGUCCCCUCAAAGGUCGUCUGAACAUCGUCGUCAGUCGCUCUGUCACUUCAUCUCCCUCUCUUUCCUCUCCGUCUUCUUCUUCUUCUUCUGAAGUAGAAGAGGGACCGGUCAUGGCUUCUUCGCUUGAGCAAGCUAUCGAGUACCUUCACCUUUGCCAGCAGCAGCAGCAGCAGCAAGAGCAACAACAAAAAGUUGGUAAGGUAUUUGUGAUUGGCGGCGGACAAAUCUACGGUGCGGCGCUGAAGCUACCCAAGGAGGUAAGCAAGCGGAUCUUGUUGACGAGGGUCUUGAGUCCGGAGUUUGGGUGCGAUACAUUUUUUCCUUUGGUGUUGAAGGAGGAAGGGGAGGCAUCGGGAUCUGAAGAAUGGGUGAGGAAGAGCAAAGAGGAGUUGGACCAGUUUGUGGGCGAGGAGGUUCCCGAGGGGCUGCAAGUCGAAAAUGGGACGGAGUAUGAGUUUCAGAUGUGGGAGAGGAUGUAGAAAGUCAAUGAAUGCAUGGUGACAG